AUGUAUAAGUGUCUAAAUAUUUAGAAUUUAUAUCAGGAUAUAUUAUUUUUAAAGAAAUCUGUGAUGCUACUCCUUAGCAAGGAAUAAUUAGCAGCUAUCUAAUUGGUAGGAUAUACUUCUUAGUACUUAACAGGAGAUUUCAAAAACUACAAAGAUAAGAAAUAGAUGAAAAGCUACUUUGAAAAGUAGUAAGAUAUAUUGAAUUCAUGUGAUUUACAAUGUAAAUAUGUCAAUAAAUUUUUUUAGAAGUGCUAGAUUGAUAAAAAUUACAAUAAUGCAGAUGUUAAUAAAAGGAUAUUAUAUUCCAUAAAAUAAAACUAAGCAAAAUUAUGA